CCUUUGCCGCUGCCCGGCGCCCUCCCCGCACCGCUCCGACACUUUGUUGGCGGCGCGGAGAGGAAGAUCCCGCGCUCCCCCCCUGCCCGGAGCCCGGCAGCGGUAUCGGGGAACCCCGGCCGAACCUGCGCGAAGCCCGACGGCCGCAGUCGAUCCCUCCCCCUCACUCCCUCCGCCGCGGUAGCUGCACGGCGGGGCCGCGGGAGCAGGACACUCGGGAAGUGAUUUUUCCUUUUGGGCAGCCACCUUCUGAGUGACUUUGGAGAGAUGUCAGCCACCUGAACUGAAAUCAAGCAGUGGCAGGGAAGCACCUACCCGAGCUGAAGUUUUUAUCCCAGAAACGUGGCAUUUUCCCAGUUGGUUGAUGGUGAGUUGUAUAUCGUUUCCCUCAGUAAGUGACAGUAAGAAUGAAUGGACACAUAGCAAACACCCCUCCCGGUGGAUAUGGAAGUUAUUUUCCUCAAAUGAAUGGCUAUGGUUCCCCAACAUUUGGUCAGGUGGAGAGGGAGCAGAAUUCAAGAACAAGUGCAAAAGCCCUUUAUGAACAAAGAAAGAAUUAUGCACGAGACAGUGCCAGCAGUAUAUCUGAAACUUCGCAGUAUCACGUAGAGCACUUGACCACCUUUGUUCUGGACCGAAAAGAGGCAAUGAUUACAGUAGAUGAUGGCAUAAGGAAGCUGAAAUUGCUGGAUGCCAAAGGCAAAGUGUGGACUCAAGAUAUGAUUCUUCAAGUAGAUGACAAAGCUGUCAGUUUGGUGGACUUGGAAUCAAAGAAUGAACUGGAGAAUUUUCCUUUAAGCACGAUUCAGCAUUGCCAAGCUGUGAUGAAUGCAUGCAAUUAUAAUUCAAUUCUUGCAUUAGUAUGUAAAGAACCAACCCAAAACAAGCCUGAUCUGCAUCUUUUCCAAUGUGAUGAGAUUAAGGCUAGUUUUAUUCAUGAAGAUAUUGAAAGUGCAAUCAGUGACAGCAAGAGUGGGAAACAAAAGAAAAGGCUUGAAACACUGAGGAUGAUUUCCAAAGCUGACAGUGCCAUUCCUCCACCGCCACGGGCGCCUGCCCCUGUGCCACCAGGGACCAUCACCCAGGUGGACGUGAGGAGCCGUGUGGCGGCGUGGUCAGCGUGGGCUGCGGAGCAGGGAGAGCUUGAAAAACAUAGACAAUACCAUGAUCAUGAAGAAACAGCAGAGAUGAUGGCUGCCAGAAUUGACAGAGAUGUUCAAAUUCUGAACCAUAUUUUGGAUGACAUUGAGUAUUUUGUUACCAAGCUUCAAAAAGCUGCUGAAGCUUUUUCUGAACUUUCAAAGAGGAAGAAAACUAAGAAAAGUAAGAAGAAAGGACCUGGAGAGGGAGUUCUUACUCUCCGUGCAAAACCACCACCUCCAGAUGAAUUUGUUGACUGCUUCCAAAAGUUCAAGCAUGGCUUCAAUCUUCUGGCCAAAUUAAAGUUCCAUAUCCAGAAUCCUAGUGCAGCUGAACUGGUUCAUUUUCUCUUUACACCACUACAUAUGGUGGUACAGACAACAGGAGGUCCAGAGCUUGCUGGCACAGUACUCAGCCCCCUCCUAACAAAAGAUACGAUAGACUUCCUGCGAUACACUGUCACCAGUGAGGAAGGGCAGCUAUGGAUGUCACUGGGUGACACAUGGACUAAAGCCAGAGCGGAUUGGCCCAAAGACCAAUUUAUUCCACCAUAUGUCCCCCGUUUCCGAAAUGGCUGGGAGCCUCCUUUGCUGAACUUCAUGGGAGCUCCAAAAGACCAAGAACUCAAUCAUUUAGCUGAGUCAGUGGCAAACGUUGCAGAGCAACAAAGGAAGCAAGAAAUGAAAAGACUGUCAACCGAGCCUCCUGGUGUUCCCGACUACCCUCCCUCGGAUGGAAACUACGAAGCACACCAUAAAGCACAGACCAAGAAAUAUGCCAAAUGCAAGUAUGAAUUUAUGGCAAGAAACAACAGCGAGCUUUCUGUCAUGAAAGAAGAAAUUGUAGAGAUUCUGGAUGACAGAAAACAGUGGUGGAAGGUUCAGAAUAAAAGUGGCAGCACAGGCUUUGUGCCAAACAACAUUUUGGACCCUCUGAAGAAUCAAGAAGGUGGUCUAGGAUGGUCAGAGCCUUCAUAUACCCGCACCAUCCAGAAACAAAAGACAGACCAUGUUGUAAAGCAACCUGAUCCAGUUCCUGCUACUCCUUCACCUCCUCCAACACCUGCUCCUGUCCCUGUGGCUGUCCCCCUCCCUCCUAGUGCCCCAGCACCUAUACCCGUUCCUGUGCCUAAAGCGCCAGCAACCAUCAGCCGCCAAAGCAGCACCUCCAGUGACAGUGGUGGCAGCGUUGCACGAGACACACAGAGGCAGAAGCAAAUUCCUGUGGAUCGCAGGAAAUCCCAAAUGGAGGAGGUGCAGGAUGAACUUGUUCACCGUCUCACCAUUGGCAGAAGUGCUGCCCAGAGGAAGUUUCACGUGCCACGACCAAACAUCCCUGUGGUUAACAUCACUUAUGACUCUUCACCUGAGGAUGUGAAAGCGUGGUUGCAGUCCAAAGGAUUCAAUCCUGUGACUGUCAACAGCCUUGGUGUGCUGACAGGUGCUCAGCUUUUCUCCCUCAAUAAAGAGGAACUGAGGACUGUUUGCCCAGAAGGCUCUAGGGUCUACAGCCAAAUUACGGUACAGAAGUCUGCCUUGGAGGCUAGCAGCGGUAGUUCAGAACUGCAAGAAAUUAUGAGAAGACGACAAGAAAAAAUCAGUGCAGCUGCCACAGAUUCAGGCGUGGAGUCCUUUGAUGAAGGAAGCAGCCACUAAAUGUGUUUUUUCUUUCAUUCCUUUGUCCAUAGCAUUAUAUCAUCCAGCUUUGCUUUAGAAAGCAGUGAAGGGGAACGUCUUACUUUAUUGUAAAUGUAACUAGCCAGCAUAAAGGAAAUUUACUGUAGUCUCCACCGAAGCAGCCAAUGCUGUUGGCUUCUCAUCAUUAAAGAUGAACAGAUGAGAAAUUCAAUGGAGGUUCCUAACAGGUAAAAAUAUUGGCACAUGAUUCACUUACACCCAAAGAUGGGUCUUGACUUUAUGGAAUUAACACAAAAAAUAAGCUGGAACACAUCUUUUCUUUGUGAUUCAUCUGAGGGAAGCUGAACCAGCAAUAAAAAAGCAUUUGAACCCUUCAGUAAUAAUAAGAUUCUGAAUCCCAUCUCUUGCUGUAGUGUGCAGUUAUGUAUUUUUUGGCUCAAUCUUUCUUGUCAUGCAUUCAGCCGCAGGAUGUUUACUUAAGUUGUUGAUGCCAGCAGUCAGAGAGGAAAUGUUCAGAGAAUGAACAGCAGCCCAGCAUAGACUGAAUCUUUCUUGCAUCACUCUCAAGAUGUUUUAUUACUAAUGAUGCUGUUUAUAGCAAAAUAAUCCUCUGUACAUUGAUUUUAUCAGUACUUCACUCGUGACGAACUAUAAUAUUGCACAAGAAAGAGUAUCUAGAGAAUAGCAACACAACUCAGUUCAAAGAGAUGAUCAGAUCUGUAGUUAGCCAUGAAACAAUUUACAGUACAGGUUUGUUUUUUUUUAAUAUACUUGCAUUUUUUGGUUUGUAACUUAACCUGUCAGAAGAACAGUGUAUAAUCUAGACUCUUCUAUGUUGAUCCCAGAUAGUGGUUCUUCCUUAUGUAAAAAGCUGUUGCUCCUUUAUAAAUGUAAGCUUUUGGAAAAGUGGAUUUCUGGAGGCAAAUGAAGGAGAGAAAGAAACAUCUCUUCCAGCAAAUAUUAUUUUUGAAGAUGCAAUGAUUUUUGUCACAAAAUAUUCUGUCAUUUCACAUGGUUGUGUGAUUUUAUAUAUAAUAUAUGUAUUAUAUAUAAUAUAUAAUAUCACUUAAAUUUAGACAAAUUUAAUCAUCUAGUUUAAGCUUCAUAGUGCCUUUGUCACAUGAAUCAGCUUGAAGUCUGCAAUAAACAGUAUUUCUUGUCUGUUAA